GAAGGGGCUGGCAGGCGUAGUCAGACAGGCCAGGUCAGCAACGUGCGGGCAGUGAGGUACCGGAGGAGCAGGCAGAGAAUAGUCAGGGUCACAAGCUGGGUUCAGUAACUCACGGGCAGCGCGGUACAGAGGAUUAGGCAGAAGGAUGGUCAGGCAAGCCAGGGGUUCAACAGGAGAUGGUCAGCAGAGGUCAGGAUCAAAGCAGGGUCAGCAACGAGGCAGGAACACAGGAUACCAGGUACAGGGGCUCAUGGGAAACAUACACCAAGGCCCU